GCGGAGCCCAGAUGGCGAUGCCGGGCGAAGUGAGGGAUUUGCGGCCAAGGCGGUGGAGGCUGUGACAGUGGAGUGAAGACGUCUACCCUAUAGGUUGAAGGAGGUGGAGGGUGACCCGGCGCCAGCUCCGGGGCAGCGAAGUGACCUACGUGGGAGCUCCCUCCUCGAAACUGGAGAAGGUUGCUGGCUGAAGCUUCUGCCCUUUCCUUGGCGGGGUGAGGGGCUAAGAGUCCAAGGCGUCCCUAAUCACCCCUGCUUCCCCGGAGCCCCAGGCCUGGAGACAUGACCCGAGAGUGCCCUCCCCCAGCCCCCGAGCCCGGGGCGCCGUUGAGCGGGCCGGUGCUGGCAGAGGCUGCAGUGGUGUUCGCAGUGGUGCUGAGCAUCCACGCGGCGGUGUGGGACCGAUACUCGUGGUGCGCCUUGGCUCUCGCAGUGCAGGCCUUCUACGUCCAGUACAAGUGGGACCGGCUGCUCCAGCAGGGAAACGCUGUCUUCCAGUUCCGCACAUCGGCGAACAGUGGCCUGCUGCCUGCCUCCAUGGUCAUGCCUUUGCUUGGGCUGGUCAUGAAGGAGCGCUGCCAGGCUGCAGGGAACCCGUACUUCGAGCGUUUUGGCAUCGUGGUGGCAGCCACUGGCAUGGCAGUAGCCCUCUUCUCCUCGGUGUUGGCGCUGGGCAUCACUCGCCCGUUGCCCACCAACACUUGUGCCAUCUCCGGUUUGGCAGGAGGCGUCAUCAUUUAUAUCAUGAAGCAUUCACUCGGUGUGGGUGAGGUGAUCGAGGUCCUGGAAGUCCUGCUGAUCUUUGUGUAUCUCAACAUGAUCCUGCUGUACCUUCUGCCCCGCUGCUUCACGCCUGGGGAGGCCUUGCUGGUAUUGGGUGCCAUUAGCUUCGUCCUCAACCAGCUCAUCAAGCGCUCUCUGACUGUGGUAGAGAGCCAGGGGGACCCAGAGGACUUCUUCCUGCUAGUGGUGGUGGUGGGAAUGGUGCUCACGGGUAUCUUCUUCAGUACCCUCUUUGUCUUCAUGGACUCAGGCACCUGGGCCUCCUCCAUCUUCUUCCACCUCAUGACCUGUGUGUUGGGCCUUGGUGUGGUUCUCCCCUGGCUGCACUGGCUCAUUCGCAGGAACCCCCUGCUCUGGCUUCUUCAGUUCCUCUUCCAAACAGAAACCCGCAUCUACCUCCUAGCCUACUGGUCUCUGCUGGCCACCUUGGCCUGCCUGGUGGUGUUUUACCAGAAUGCCAAGCGGUCAUCUUCCGAGUCCAAGAAGCACCAAGCCCCCACCAUCGCUCGAAAGUAUUUCCACUUCAUUGUGGUAGCCACUUACAUUCCAGGUAUCAUUUUUGACCGGCUUCUGCUCCACGUGGCCGCCACUGUAUGUUUGGCAGUCUUCAUCUUCCUGGAGUAUGUACGCUACUUCCGCAUCAAGCCUUUGGGUCACACUCUGCGGAGCCUCCUGUCACUUUUCCUGGAUGAGCGAGACAGUGGACCACUUAUCCUGACACACAUCUACCUGCUCCUGGGCAUGUCUCUUCCCAUUUGGCUAAUCCCCAGACCCUGCACACAGAAGGGCAGCCUGGGAGGAGCAAGGGCCCUAGUCCCCUAUGCUGGGGUCCUAGCUGUGGGGGUGGGUGACACCGUGGCCUCCAUCUUUGGCAGCACCCUGGGGGAGAUCCGCUGGCCUGGAACCAAGAAGACUUUCGAGGGGACCAUGACAUCUAUAUUUGCACAGAUGAUUUCUGUGGCUCUGAUCUUAAUCUUUGACAGUGGAGUGGAUCUGAACUACAGCUAUGCUUGGAUUUUGGGGUCCAUCAGUGCUGUGUCUCUCCUGGAAGCAUACACCACGCAGAUGGACAAUCUCCUAUUGCCGCUUUACCUCCUGAUACUGCUGAUGGCUUAGCCAAUGGGAUGUGGGGAGAGUGGUCCCCACAGCUGCUAGCCACUUGGACACGAUGAGUCCAGGGAUAAAAGGCAGAUUUGGUUUUUCAGUUGAUUCAGACUUAAAAUAAAAAAAGCAAAACUCUCCU